CCUCAGAUUUUUCCGGCUUUCUUCCACGCGUUUGGUCAUCUCUUGCCUCCAUCAUCGACGCCCUCAUACCAAGAUAAAGCGCCUCAGCUUCUCACAUUUUUCCUUCUAUAUUCAACGUGGUUUCGUCCGCAAGUUGCAGCCACUCAAUCUGCCUUCGGUUCUGCUUAUUUUAUCAACAAACCACUGUCUACUUUAGGUCAUUUCUCAACACCAGGCCUACCUUCGUCCUGCUUCGAUUGAUUUCCUUUCAUUGUUUCUCAUUUUUGAGUCCGAUCUGCUUCAAUGGCGUCUACUUCAAAGGCAUCUACUUCUGACACUGGAAGUAAGGGCGCUUUUGAUGGGAUCGCACCGUCUGCGUCGAUUUCUGCCUCAAAACGCACGCAAAAACCGUGCUACGAUGUAUUCAUCAAUCAUCGUGGACCAGACGUCAAACACACCUUAGCUACUGCUCUCUAUAGCAUCCUUAGUGGUAUUUCACUCUCAGUUUUUUUGGAUUCACAAGAGUCGGAAUAUGGUGAUUUUUUGCCCCGAACAAUAGAAGCAGCCAUGACCAGCGCUUUGAUUCAUAUAGCUAUUUUCUCCAAGGGCUAUGCAGACUCACCCAGGUGUUUGGCAGAGCUCUCAUUUAUGCUUAAGUCCGGUGCCACAAUUAUUCCUAUUUUCUACCAUGUAGACCCCGGUACAGAUCUCAGAAGGGUGGAUAAGGGUAAGGGAAUGUAUGUUCAGGCCUUUAAGGAGCAUGAGCGAAAGGGUAGAUACAGCCCACAAAAGCUUCAGGAGUGGAAGAGCGCACUCCACGUUGUCUCAUUUUACCAUGGCGAAAUCAUUAAUACUAAUGAAGAUGAGAUGAGGCUGCGGAAGAAUAUUGUGAGUCGUGUUUUGAAGGAAAAAAAUAUUAAUGUCCCAUUAGUGGUUGCAAAAUAUCCAGUUGGCCUAAAAGAAAUAGUGGAAGAUUUUAAGGCGAAUACACUUCUAUCUGCCCAUGCUAAUCAGGAUGUACAAAUUGUAGGAAUUUGGGGCAUGGGUGGUUCUGGCAAAACCACCCUGACCAAAGAGUUAUACAAUGAAAUAUCUUCUUCAAUGGAUAGGUCGAGUUUUGUGUUUAAUAUUCGAGAUGCUGCAAGCAAAGGUCUAUUGCAUGAUAAGCAGAAAAAACUACUCAACGAUCUUGGCAUCCAAGGUCUAUCAAUUGACAAUAUUGAGGAAGGUAUGCAAAUUCUAUCAAGGGGUUUGAGAUCUAUCAAGGUAUUGAUCAUUCUUGAUGAUGUGGAUAAUGUGGAACAGUUGGAUGCUCUUUUGCCCACAAAAGACAGUAUUGAAAGGGGUAGUCUCAUCAUUGUUACCACACGGACAUUUGAAAUCUUUAAAUCUUGGGAUAUCUCUUCUAUUUAUAAAAUGAGACCAUUAAAUCUAUUAUAUGCAAAGCAGCUUUUUUGUUGGCACUCUUUUUUAAAUUUUUGUCCCCUUGUUGGAUUUGAGGAGCUUGUAGAAAAGUUUUUAAAGAUGUGUAAUGGAUUACCUUUGUCCCUCAAGGUAUUCGGAGCACAGCUGAAUGGUGAAUCUAGCAAAGAGUAUUGGGAAUCACAGUUAAAUGAGAUUUCAAGAAUAGUGCCUAAUGAUAUCAAGCAGAAGCUCAAAAUAAGUUAUUAUGCUCUUAAUGACGAAGAAAAAGAGAUGUUCUCUGAUACUGCAUGUUUCUUCAUUGGAGAAGAGAGUAGCUUGGCAAUUGAAGUAUGGAAUGGAUUGGGGUGGAGUGGUCAGCAAAAUUGGGAAAGGCUCCUUCAUAAGUGUUUGGUUGAGCUUGAUGAUAAUAAUUUUAUCACAAUGCAUGACCAUUUAAGAGAUGUGGGAAGGGACAUUGCAAAUAAACAAUCACCUUACAGACUUUGGAUUCCUCACCAAAUUAUUAAUAUUCAGAAACAAAAAAAGAAAAAAAUAGGCAUUCAAGGAAUAAUUGCCACCACAAGUCAAAUGGAGUGGAGAAUUAAAUGGGGCGAAUUGGCGUCCUUCCCAAGGAUAGUCGAAAACUCUGAUGAUGCUGAUGAGUUUCAGGUUCGCUGCUCGGACGGGGAACUCAUGGUUAACACAACUGGAGGAAUUUGGUUUCUCGCACCCAAAUUAGUUGGACUAAAAUAUUUUGUGAUUACUGGAGAUUAUUUUAAUCAACUAAUGGGUGAAGUAUCAAGAGAACUAGUCUGGCUUCGUUGGUUCGAAAUUGAGCACCGAAACCUUUCGUGGGGGCUUUCAUUGAAAAAGUUGAGGGUUUUAGAACUCCAUGAAAGCUAUGAUCAUGAAAGGAAACAUCACUUGGAAGAGCUGUGGGAAGAAAGUAACGCCGAGGUCCCUGUGCAGUUAAGGCAGUUGCUUAUUUCUCAUUGCUACAGAUUUCAGGGUUUUCCAAAGUCAAUAGGACUUCUAAAUCAUUUGAAAAAGAUCGUAAUCAUUAAUUGCGGCAAUGUUAGGAGUCUCCCAGAUGAAUUUUGCUUUCUCCGAUCGCUGGAACACCUGGUGUUCAGGGAGUGUUACGGGCUAUCAUCACUACCGAGCAAUUUUGGCAAUUUGAGCAAUCUGCGGCAUCUAGGUUUUUGGCAUUGCUUUCAGUUGAAAGGGUUUCCAGUUUCUUUUAAAAACCUGAUGCUUCUGGAACAUCUCAAUUUAGGGUACUGUGAGGACCUCACAUUCACGUCAGAGGACUUAAACUUUCUGGAAAACAUAUCAAAGCUCGAGUAUUUGAACCUUUCUCAUUGCAAACGACUGGAAGAGUUGCCCCAUCAUAUCACAAACCAGACGUCCUUGAGAAUGCUUGAUUUCAGCAAUACCAAGUUAAGGGUGCUACCUGAAAACAUCGGUCAACUCAGUAGACUGAGAGAUGACGAUAUCAGAAGUGUUGUUGACAAGCUUGCCGACCUCUUUUGGAGAUUUGUCUUCGUUGACAAAUCUUGAAAUUAGAAUUUGUUCUAAGCUGGAAUGUCUACCUGGCUCUCUUGGAAAUUUAUCUUGCUUGACCAAUCUCAAGAUUGGAAAUUGUUCUAACUUGAAAUGUCUACCUGACUCUCUUGGAGAUUUGUCUUGCUUGAUCAAUCUUGAAAUUAUGGACUGUCCUAAGGUGAAACGUCUACCUGACUCUCUUGCAGAUUUGUCUUCCUUGACAAAUCUGCUUAUUAAUAAUGGCUCUACGCUGGAAUGUCUACCUGACUCUAUUGGAGAUUUGUCUUCCUUGACAUUUCUUGAAAUUAGUUGUUCUCAGUUGGAACGUCUACCUGACUCUCUUGGAGAUUUGUCUUCCUUAGACAAAUCUUGAAAUUGGUGGGUGCCAUAUGCUGGAAAGCCUACCUGACACUCUUGGAGAUCUGUCUUCCUUGAUGAAUCUUGAAAUUAGAUGUUGUAAUAAGCUGGAAUGUCUACCAGACUCUCUUCGAGUUCUGUCUUCCUUGAUGAAAUUUGAAAUUAGUUGGUGUCCCAAGCUAGAAUGUCUAGGAGUGAAAUCUCUAUCAAAAUCUAUUAGGCAACUUAGUAUAUACAAUAGUCUAAUCAGCAAAUUGGAUUUGGGGGCGGCAUCAUUACCUCAUAAAUUGAGCAACCUGAAGGAGAUACAUCUAUGUAAAACAAAAGUGAGCAAAAUUUCAUUUUCUGAAGAUUGUUGUCCCCACUUGGAGAGCCUCCAUAUUUCCGAGAAUCAUCUUUUAAAGGAGAUCGAAGCGCUGCCAAGCACCCUCCUGUCAAUAUAUUUAAAAAACUCUGGAAUGUUGAGGAACAUUGCUAGUUUUUCAGGAUUAAGUUUUCUGAGAGAAUUUGAUCUAAAAGGUUGCUACGGACUUGAUAAAAUCGAAGGUAUGGAAAAUUGCACGAGAUUGGAAGAAUUGAGGGUUGAGACAUUCUGGGAGGUGUCGGGAAUUGAAAGAUUGGAACACAUGCAGAAUUUGAAGCGGGUGGAACUCAGAGCAGAGGAGGGAUCAUUUAUUGAACGUUGUAUUCGAAUGAUACAGGUGAUAAUAGAUUGUAGGAGUAAAAAUUUCUAGUUAUUUUUAUCUGAUUGCGUAUUGACUGAAUGUUGUUAAAGGAAUUUGCAGAAAUGGCCAGAUGAAAUAAUGAUAUGUGCACCGGCAAUCGCUGAUGCGGCCUCACUUGUACACUCAUUACUCUCUCCCAGUCUCGUGAUCCUUGCGUCCAUCUCUAACCAGCAUAUUAUAUCCAAGCCACGGUUUUGGCUGGAAGAGCCCUACGAUGAUGACUACAUCGGUACAAAGCCGCCCAAUCCUAAGCUAGAUAUAGAGCUGAUGAGUCCCUCCAGUUGUGGUUCCAUUAUGUUUUGUUUUGUUAUAGAUUGUGUUUCCGUUUCUUCAGAAUUGACAGUACGGGUUGGGCUUAUUGCCAGUUUUCCAAAGUUCGCAGUUUAUUGCCACUUUUCCAAAGUUAAUAAUGUUGUUGCGAGCUAGUAAUUUCUUAGCCAAUUAUUCAGUUGUAAUUAUGUAAAUUAAUCAAAUUUUAUGUGCAAAAUUAAUAUUAUGUUUUA